UACUCUGUGGGAUACAGCAGGGAACGUGAGCUUAUUCUUACAAUUGCUGACAGGACAGGUUUUUCAGGGAGUUUGCUUUCCUGCACCAGGAUCAUAUUGGUACAUUAAGACAUGAGCCUUCUUUGAGUACCACUUGCCAGUAUAACCUGGGCAUCUUCAGGGGUAGAGAAAUGGGGCUGAUUUUAGAAGCCAAGCCCUCUUCUCCCUCCUCCCACAGACCUAUUCCCAAACACCUGUACCUAAACACCUGUACCAGCUGCCCUUUGGCUCCCUUUGGCACAAGAUCAGAGAAAGUUCUGUGAAAAAUCUCAGCUGGGGCCUCCCCAGACUACACAAGCCAGAUUAUUCCCACAGUGAUUUAGACUUGAGCUGGCCUCCUGCCCACCAGUCACCCCACUCCAACCAUGUGCUCCCCACCCUCACACCCCUGUUCUUUUACGGCAGGGCCAGCUCCACUUCCUUGGUGCUUCUAAGAUUCAUUCUCUUAGCUCCUUCCCCCAGAAAUGGAGGCUUCUCUUUCCUCACCUGGAUAAGAUGGACCCUCCAGAGAUGAGCCACAGGGAUCACAAGCACAUCUUCAGCUGUGGAACCUGCGGGGCCCACACAUGUUAGCACAUGCACACACACAUACAUGCAUGCACGUAUUUUCACUUACACACAAAACCCAGUUUUGCAAACAUUCACGUGGCUGCAACACUGAUGCCACCGGGGAACCUCAGCCUCUGCCUGCCCCAGAUCUCUGGCAUUUGGGCAUCAGGGGGUUAUAGUGAGUGACACCUCACUUCUUCCCACCUUCAGCUGCUCUGAGGGCUAUUUAUAUGCUCUCGAGAGUGUAGGGGAGGCUGGUUGCUUAGCUAACGCCAAGCUCUGAGUCCCUAAAGUAGGAGCUGAAUCCAUGAGUCUCGGCCACCUUCUGAAAGUCCCAAAGGUUGGGGUUCAGCAUACUUUGUUCUCUUGCUCCCUGGAGGCUUCACUGGAUCUCUUCCAGGACGCCCCCAGCCCUCUUGUACCCAGCAUGCCAACUCCCCAUCCCUCCAUGGGCAUCCAGUCCUGUCCAUCACUAACCUUCCUGCCCUCCCCUCGUAGUCAUCCCCUUGCACCCCAGUGUGACAUAUCCUCCCAGCUCCCACUUCCCACCAGACCCCAUCAACCACACGACACUAUAUACCACAGUGGGUCCCCCAGUAGAAGGGCCCUUUGCUGGCCUGCCCUCAGCCUCUGGCCGGCGACUUGCCACCAGACCCGACGCGUCCCACCUUCCGAGGCCAGAAGACUAACGCAGGCCUGCUGCCCCCAGACGAGCGUGCGCUACAACAUCCCUGCGGCCUUCUCCUCCCUCCCGGCCAUCAAGAGCCUGGGCCUCAGGGGCGUCUCCUGCAUCAGCCUGACCCACCUGGAUGGCUCCCCAGCUUCACACCAGGUGCUACAGUCUGUCGCCUACCACUUGGGCCCACACCUGCAGAGCUUAUGCCUCGCUGGGGGCAGCCCCACAGAGGCCUCCUUCGUGGCCCUGCUCCUGAGCUGCCCAGCCCUGCGUAGCCUUGACGUCAGUGGCUGCAACAGCCUCUUGGCGUCAGGCCUGCUGCUGGCUCAGCCUGAGACGGCACAGCGGGUCCGGCAGGCACUGAGCGGCCUCUGUGAGCUCAACCUGGCUGGCCUGCGGGACCUGACUGACUGCAGCUUCAACCGGCUCAGCAGCUGUGCCCCGAGCCUACAGCGCCUCUCCCUGGCCUACUGUCACCUCACCUUUGAGCUCCUCCCAGCCCAGGGCUCCACCGGCCCUCAGGCCUCCUCCCCCUCCCAACUCUCCUUCCGCAACCUGCUGCGAUUCGUGAAGGAGCGGGCUGGUAGGCUGCACGCCCUGGACCUGAGUGGCACUGGCUUGUCACCUGAGGCCCUGCAGGCCCUGGGCCAGGUGGCCGGCCUGCAGCUGCAGGAGCUGCGCCUGCACAGCUGCCGGGACCUCUCCACAGAGGCUGUCGUCGCCCUUUGCCGCCAGCAACCAGGCCUUACCUCCCUGGACCUCAGCGGCUGCUCAGAACUUUCUGAUGGGGCACUCUUGGCCGUGAGCCGGAGCCUGCGGCACCUGCAGCACCUGAGCCUAAGGAAGCUGCAGCGGCUGACGGAUGCAGGAUGUACAGGCUUGGGGGGCCUGUGGGAGUUGCGGAGCCUUGACAUGGCUGAGUGCUGCUUGGUGAGCGGCCGAGAAUUGGCCCGGGCCCUGGGCUCCGUGCGUGGAGCUCCACCCCCACUGGCCUCCCUCAGCCUGGCCUACUGCUCCUCACUCCAGGAUGCCUCCGUGCUCUCCCUCAUUCCAUCCCUGGGCCCAGGCCUCAGGGUGCUGGACUUAUCCUCCUGUGUGGCCCUCACCAACCAGACCCUGCAGGCCGUCUGCGCGCGUCUCACCCACCUCUCAGUCCUGCGCCUGGCCUGGUGCAAGGAGCUCCAGGACUGGGGGCUUCUGGGGCUUGGGGAACCAAAUGAGGAGCCAGCGCAGGGGUCCCAGCCACACGGAGAGCUGGAGCCUCAGGCCUUGAGACACAAGGAGCUCCCCCAGCCACGGGGCCCCUCUCUGCUCACGCUGCAAGCCUUGCAGGAGUUGGAUCUUACAGCCUGCAGCAAACUGAGUGACGCCAGUCUGGCAAAGGUGCUCCAGUUGCCCCAGCUGAGGCGACUGUCACUGAGCCUGCUGCCUGCACUCACAGACAAGGGCUUAGUGGCUAUGGCAAGGGGCUGCCCCAGCCUGGAGCGCUUGGCGCUGAGUCACUGCAGCCACCUCAGUGAUGAGGGCUGGGCUCAGGCAGCCGGCUUCUGGCCGAGGCUACAGCACCUCAAUCUGUCCAGCUGCAGUCAGCUCACAGAGCAAACGCUGGAUACCAUUGGACAGGCAUGCAAGCAGAUCCAGAUGUUAGAUGUCGCCAUGUGCCCUGGUAUUAGCAUGGCUGCCGUCAGGCGAUUCCAAGCCCAACUGCCCCAGGUGACCUGCGUCCAGUCCCGCUUCGUGGGAGGGGCUGACCUGACCUUAACGCUCUGAGGCCAGGUCAGUAAGCAGCCCUGUGACUCAGCUUCCAUUUCCUAGCCUGGGGUUUUUGACCUGGAGUUUCCCUCUGCAACAUAGCCAAGCCCUUUCCCCCAGCUAGAAACCCUUUUCUAGGACUGAAGAAGGGACCAAUCCAGGGCAGCCUGGGGCGCUUCCUGCCUCACAGCCCAGCAGGAGCCUCUUUCUAGCUACAUGUCGCUGCCAUAAGCCCCUAGAAACACCAGCUGCUGCUCUCCUGGCCAAGCCCCAUUCCAGAGGCCCUAGGCCCACAGGAGGCCGGGUCUGGUGCUCAGGAGCAGACCUGUGCCUCUUGCUCUGCCCAUUUCUCACACUUAAGGCCUGUUCCCCUCCUCUUUCCCUACAGGAGUUCUUCCAGCCCCUCUCAGUACCGAGCUUUAGCAGCCAAGCCACAGUCUUUGUUGUAAACCCAAAGAUUAAACAUUCCAGAUUUUACCUCUUUAUCUGAAGUUCUCAGAUUAAAGGGCCCCUCCCCUCUCCUCCUCAGUUGAAGCAGCCCAGCCCAGGGACAAUGGAGGAAACACCACAGACAACUUCUUCCUCAGGCCUGGCCCAAAUCCCUACAGGUACCCCAGCAGGUCCCAGCUUCUUCCCCGCGUGGAGGGAGACUCCAGAAGCCUGGUGGCCUCUCCCAGCAUGAGCCCCCACGGAGGUCCUUGCAGGAAGGCACACCUGUGUGCACUUGGCCCAGCCAGAGCCCAGGGACACACUGAUGAACGGUGCCUGAGUCCAUGAA